AUGGCAGAACAAAAGUCAGCUAUUCUAUCCGUCUACGAUAAGACCGGUCUCUUGGACCUGGCCAAGGGUCUAGUCAGCCAGAAUGUCCGCAUCGUUGCGUCCGGGGGAACGGCCAAGAUGAUCAGAGACGCUGGGAUUGCCGUAGAAGAUGUCUCCUCCAUAACCCAAGCCCCAGAGAUGCUCGGAGGACGUGUAAAGACUCUCCAUCCAGCUGUCCAUGGCGGCAUUCUCGCCCGCAAUAUCGAAUCCGACCAGCAAGACCUUGCAAACCAGAAAAUAGCCAAAGUCGACUUUGUCGUGUGCAACCUGUACCCUUUCAAGGACACCGUUGCAAAGCCUGAUGUCACCGUCGAAGGUGCCGUGGAAGAGAUUGAUAUCGGAGGCGUCACUCUACUGCGUGCGGCUGCAAAGAACCAUGCCCGUGUUACUAUUCUAAGCGACCCUGCGGACUAUGGAAACUUCCUGAAGGAAUUGGGCAACGGCGGGGUGAGUGAGGAGACCCGGAAGCUGUAUGCUUUAAAGGCAUUCGAACACACGGCAGAUUACGAUGAAGCCAUCUCUGGAUUCUUCAGAAAGAAAUACGCCGGCGAGGGAGCUCAAUAUAUCCAGCUCCGCUACGGUGCCAACCCCCACCAGGCCCCCGCAUCGGCAUUCGUGAGGAGCGGGAAACUCCCCUUCAAAGUGCUGAACGGAGCUCCUGGAUAUAUCAACCUCCUUGAUUGCCUGAAUGCCUGGCCACUGGUUAAGGAGCUGAAGCAAGCUCUUGGAUACCCCGCUGCGGCUAGCUUUAAGCAUGUCUCGCCCGCUGGUGCUGCCAUUGGUAUCCCGCUGAAUGAUAAGGAAAAGCAGGCCUACAUGGUUGAUGACAUCCAGGGCAUCGAUGAAUCUGGCCUGGCACAGGCCUAUGCUCGUGCAAGAGGCGCAGACCGGAUGUCUAGCUUCGGAGAUGUUAUCGCACUUUCAGACGUAGUUGACGUCCCUACCGCGAAGAUAAUCUCUCGUGAAGUCUCAGACGGUGUUAUCGCACCGGGCUACUCCCCCGAGGCUCUAGCAUUGCUCUCCAAGAAGAAGGGAGGCAAGUACCUUGUUCUCGAGAUGGACGAGAACUACACCCCUCCAAAUGAAGAAACCCGCUCCGUUUAUGGCGUCCAGCUUUCCCAGCGCCGAAAUGACGCCGUCAUCUGCCCCAAAAACACAUUCAACACUAUAGUUACACCAAAGGACAUGAGCUCAUUGCCAGAGCCUGCCCUCCGUGACCUUACAGUUGCUACUAUUGCCUUGAAAUACACGCAAUCAAACUCCGUAUGUUAUGCUGUUAAUGGCCAAGUCGUUGGCCUCGGCGCUGGCCAGCAGAGCCGAAUUCACUGCACUCGUCUUGCCGGUGACAAGACUGACAACUGGUGGAUGAGAUUCCACGACCGCGUGCUCGGCAUCAAGUGGAAGGCCGGAGUUAAGCGAGCAGACAAGAGUAAUGCCAUUGAUAUGUUGUGCUCGGGACAGAUUCCACGUUCCGAUGUCGAGAAGGCGGAUUAUGAGCGUGUGUUUGAGGAGGUGCCCGCCCCCUUUACUUCUGAGGAGCGCGAGGCAUGGUUACAAAAGCUGACCGAGGUGGCAAUCUCCUCGGAUGCCUUUUUCCCAUUCAUCGACAACGUAUUCCGUGCCGCACGAUCAGGUGUUAAAUAUAUGGCAGCACCAAGCGGCAGCCAGAACGAUGGACCAGUGUUUGAAACUGCUGAAAAGCUGGGCAUUGUCUUCGUUGAGCAGCGCAUCCGAUUGUUCCACCAUUAA